UCUUACUGGUCUAAGUGCGACGCGUCUCUGGGUCAAAAGCUGGCUUCUCGUCUCAACGUGAGGCCAAAUAUAUGAAGAUGAGGCUAUGGGUCACAGUGGCAGAGAGAUGUUGAGGAGGAGGAGAAGCAGAAGAUCAAUUGAUUGCUUUUCAAAAGCAGCAGCAAUCAACCCAAACCUUCCAUCAAGCUCUCAUAAUUGCUCUUUCUGGACUACAAAUUCUGGUGCUCCUGUAUGGAACAACAAUUCAUCCCUCACUGUUGGAGCCAGAGGUCCAAUCCUUCUUGAAGACUAUCAUCUGUUGGAGAAACUUGCGAACUUUGAUAGGGAGCGGAUUCCAGAGCGUGUUGUGCAUGCUAGGGGAGCAAGUGCAAAGGGUUUCUUUGAGGUUACUCAUAAUGUCUCUCACCUUACAUGUGCUGAUUUCCUUCGAGCUCCUGGGGUUCAGACUCCUGUCAUUGUCCGUUUCUCCACUGUUGUUCAUGAGCGGGGCAGCCCAGAAACCAUAAGGGAUCCUCGAGGUUUUGCUGUGAAGUUUUACACCAGAGAGGGUAACUUUGAUAUGGUGGGAAACAAUUUCCCCGUCUUUUUCAUCCGCGAUGGAAUGAAGUUCCCAGAUUUGGUGCACGCUUUUAAGCCCAAUCCUAAAUCUCACAUCCAGGAGAGCUGGAGGAUCUUUGACUUCCUAUCCCAUGUUCCUGAAAGCUUGCACAUGCUCACCUUCCUUUUUGAUGAUCUGGGUAUUCCACAAGAUUACAGGCACAUGGAAGGCUCCGGUGUUAACACCUAUACUCUAAUAAACAAGGAUGGAAAAGUACACUACGUGAAAUUUCACUGGAAACCUACUUGUGGCGUGAAGUGUUUGUUAGAGGAAGAAGCAAUCAAGGUUGGAGGAUCUAAUCAUAGCCAUGCCAUUCAAGAUCUGUAUGAUUCGAUUGCAGCUGGCAACUAUCCAGAGUGGAAACUUUACAUUCAGUCAAUGGAUCCUGAUGAUGAAGACAAAUUUGAUUUUGAUCCACUUGAUGUGACUAAGACCUGGCCUGAGGAUAUCCUGCCUCUUCAACCUGUUGGCCGCUUAGUCUUGAAUAAGAACAUUGACAAUUUCUUUGCUGAGAAUGAGCAACUCGCAUUCUGCCCUGGUAUUGUGGUUCCUGGUGUUUCAUAUUCAGAGGACAAAUUACUCCAGACUAGGAUCUUUUCCUACUCUGAUACACAGAGGCACCGUCUUGGAUCGAACUAUCUACAGCUUCCUGUUAAUGCUCCUAAGUGUGCUUAUCACAACAAUCACCAUGAUGGUUUCAUGAAUUUCAUGCACAGAGAUGAGGAGGUCAAUUACUUCCCAUCCAGGUGUGAUCCAGUUCGCCAUUCUGAGAAAUUCCCCAUUCCUCCUGCUAUCUGCAGCGGAAAGCGCGAUAAGUGUGUCAUUGAGAAGGAAAACAAUUUCAAGCAACCUGGAGAGAGAUAUAGAUCCUGGGCACCUGACAGGCAAGAGCGAUUCAUCAGCCGGCUGGUUGGGUGCUUAAGUGAUCCCCGCAUCACUCAUGAGCUUCGUAGUAUCUGGAUCUCAUACUGGACUCAGUGUGACAAAUCUCUGGGUCAAAAGCUAGCAUCCCGGCUCAACGUGAGGCCAAGCAUUUAGAGAUGAUGCCACACUGAUAUUCCAAGUCUCGGAGAGAAGAUGCUGGUUCAGAAACACAACAUCAAUGUGCUGGAUUCAUAUCUCAACUGUUCUUAUGUGUGCUUGUUGUUUGCUCAGCCACAAUGUGUUUGGACAACGUUAGCAACUUGAGGCAUGUGGUACUGGUCAUUUUACUGCAUCUCAAGUUUGUUACUGCUUUCAGACUCCUGGACAAUAAUUAAAAAUAAAAAUGUAAAAUAUCA